AUGGACGAUUACACGAGAGAGAUGAUGGACCUCAAAACCCUCGUGACUCGCACUCUUGAGAAGAAAGGCGUUCUCGCUAGGAUCCGAGCUGAAUUAAGAGCUAGUGUCUUUGAAGCUAUCGAAGAAGAAGAUCGUGUCAUCGAAAAGGAUCAAGCUCUGCCUCCUGCAUUGUUAGGUAGCGGUAACGAUCGUGCUAAACAGCUUCACGCUUCUCCUUCUGGUAGACUUCUUACUGCACUGGUAUGUGAAUACCUUGACUGGGCACAGCUUACUCACUCGCUAAAAGUUUAUCUUCCAGAAUGUAAUUUGGAGAAAGAUUUUUGGAAGUCUGAGUUGAAAGAGUUUAGUAGCAAAAAUGGAUAUGAUCUUAAUAGAAAUGGAGACAGUCCCGUGCUCUUGGAUGUGCUUGAAGGAUUCUUGAAAUUUGAGAACUUAUCCCAAGCAAGGGCUAGUGGUAGGAGGUUUACUACUUCAGAAACUGAGCCUUUGUCAAACUCAGAAUCACGGAACACGCGAAGGCAUUCUUCAUCAUCUGUUGCUGGUGGCUUACCUCCACUAGGAAGGUGCAUAGCUAUACUCAUUAAUCCUGAUGAUCCAUAUGGUAGCUGCAAGCCAGAUUUUAUACAAGGAUGUGAAGAAGAUGAACUGAGUAAAAGAAAGGAUCUCUAUGACUUUGAGGUUUUGAUUAACACUGAUUGGCCUUUCUCAGAUUAUGUGCUUCAAAGGCCUUUUACUGAAGAACUGUGUAAAGAAGCUUGUAUGGGAGAUUGCAUGUGUUCUGUGGCUAUUUUCAGGUUAGGUGAUAGUUGUUGGAUGAAGAAGUUACCACUCUCAAAUGGGAAAGUUGAUCCAACACUUAAUGGUGCUAAGGCUUUCUUGAAAGUGAGAAAAGAUAAUACCUCCCUCCAGUCCUUUGAUUUUCCUCCAUUUCCAAUCAUUGCGAACAAGAAUAAUAAUAGGGAAACGUUGGUUUUGGUUGUUUCUGUGCUUUUUGGUAGAUCUGCUAUUCUCAAUGCUGUAUUGCUUGUAGCAAUAUGUUUCAGCACCUCCAUGAUUGUUCAGUACAAGAAGAAGCUUAGAAGAGUUAGCAGAAGUGAAACUAGUGUUGAAACCAAUUUGCGUUGCUUCACUUACGAAGAGCUUGAAGAAGCUACUAAUGGAUUUGACAAAGAGCUAGGAAGGGGAGCUUUUGGUAUAGUUUAUGAAGGAGUCGUCAACAACAACACAUGUUCCGAAACUCGUGUGGCUGUGAAAAAGUUGAACAAUUUUUUGUUGGAUCAAGCUCAUAGAGAAUUCAGGAAUGAACUGAAUGUCAUUGGUCUCACUCAUCAUAAGAACUUAGUUCGUUUACUUGGAUUUUGUGAGGGUGGAAGUGAAAGAUUGCUUGUUUAUGAGUACAUGAGCAAUGGCACUUUGGCAAGUUUACUUUUCAAUGCUGAUGAGAAACAGAAACCAAGUUGGAAACUAAGGCUUGAACUUGCAAUAGGAAUAGCAAGGGGACUUGUGUAUUUACAUGAAGAGUGCAUUACUAGGAUCAUCCACUGUGACAUAAAGCCUCAAAAUAUACUUCUUGAUGAUUACUUCAAUGCAAGAAUUUCUGACUUUGGACUAGCCAAGUUGAUGAACAUGAAUCAAAGAAAAACCAACACUGGCAUUAGGGGAACAAAAGGGUAUGUUGCACUUGAAUGGUUUAAGAACAUGCCUAUCACAGCUCAAGUGGAUGUGUAUAGUUAUGGAGUAGUGCUACUUGAGAUUAUUUCAUGUAGAAGAUGUGUUCAAGAAAUGGAACAAAAAGAUGAAGAGAAAGCAAUAUUAACUGACUGGGCUUAUGAUUGCUACAAGGAUGGUGUUGUAGAUGCAUUGGUUGAGGGUGACAAUGAGGCAUUGGAUGACAAAGAAAAGUUGGAGAAAUUGGUAAUGAUUGCAAUUUGGUGUGUUCAAGAGGAUCCAGUUCUUAGACCAAGCAUGAGAAAUGUGAUACAUAUGCUUGAAGGUACUGUUGAAGUGCAAGUUCCACCAUACCCCUCACAAAUUAGUAUUCAAUAUUCUCUAAUUUAA